AUGACGUGAGUUUAAUCAAAAUGACCUAUUUAUCUUGUUUCUAGAAUGAACAAACUAGCUUUAGGAAAUUGAAUUUUAGGAAAUGACAGCAAAACAUCCGUGAGUUUCUCACGUCAUAACUCAAUGUAGGAUAGAGAUUUAUUGUUUUUGACAGCAGGAUAGUGAACAGCAGAUAAAUAACUACUAGAAAACAGCGUUCUAACUCUCUUGAAAAACUUUCGAAAAAAAAAAUGAAAAAUUGUCCGAGAGAAGUACAACACUUUCUCGGCCACGUUUUUUGAAAAUCUAGUCCCCCGCCUAUUUUGAAAAUUAUUUUCUUUUUCGUCCUUGCUCCAAUCCAAAAUGCUUCGAAUUCUGGUGAGUUUCAGCAUUUUUAGGUGCCCCAUGAAUUUUUGAAGGUUCCCCAAGAUCGAAAGUGUUUUUCAGCAUCUCCGAAAUGGUCCAAAAAAUUGUCAACGCCGACAAAAAUGUAUAUAUUGAAAAAGGUAUCAAAGUCCUUAUUAAUCCACCGAAAGAGCUUUUCGACGAGUUUCAAGAAUGGGUAAGACUUUCAUAAAUGUAUAAGGAAGAACAUUUUGAAUUCCAAAUUAUAGAUUUCUGAAACCGAACGCUGGAACUAUCGAAGCAAUGAAUAUUCAAUCUGGAAAUCGACUUUGGAUAAUUUCUGGUUUUAUCUUGCGAUCGAUGAGGAAACCAAUGAAAUAGUCAGCGCUGUUUCAUUAGCAGAACAACAUUCUUUGAAAACCGAGCCGAUUUUUACAAUUGGAAAUUAUUAUUGUGUCCCAGAAUGGCGUGGAAGAGGUGUCAGCAAUAAACUCUUCAAAAUGGCGAUCGCUCAAGCAGGAACUCAUAAUAUCGGAUUAUUUGGUGCAACUCAAAUGGCUCCCCUUUACGCAUCUCGUUUCAAUUUCAAAAUUUAUAACAAUUAUUUGGCAUAAUUUUGGAGAAAUUGACAUUUCUCAAAUCAUAAUUCCCCAACAACAACAAACUGGUUUGAAAGUUCGAGAAAUCGAGGAAGAAGAUUGGCAAAAUGUACAUGAAUAUGAUGAACAAAUUUGUGUAAUCGAAAGAAGAAAAUAUAUUAGAAAAUCAUUGACAGAUGUCUCAACAAUCUCUCGAAUCUGCCAAAAUUCUUCCGGAAAGCUUUUGGGGUUCGGAGCGAUCAAAAAGGUCGUUGAUGGUGAAAUCUAUCUUUCGCCACUUUAUGCUGACACCUACGAAGUUGCGGUUUCAUUGGUUGCGAAUUUGUUGAAAUCAAUGCCGGAUUUGCAGAAUUUCACGACUUUGAUAACGUUAUAUCCGGAGAUAAACAAUAAUAUUCCGCGUUUGAUGAAUUUGAUAAGUGGUGGAAGUUUUAGAUAUCACUCGGAGUAUCGUAAUCAAUAUACGAAGAAGAUCUACGAGUUUCCGAUGGAACGAGUUUGGGCAUGUGAAGAGCUCUCUCAUUGCUUAGUUUAA